GUCACAUCCCCCCCCGCGUUGACUCAUCCAGCGAGCGGUUUAAGACUAAAAACCGACUUCAGAAACAAGAACUCUGAGACAGACGGGCGAGGGACGAGCUGUCGACGGACAGAUACGGCGGUGCCGCCAUUUUUGACCGGACUGGUAAAGGUGAACGUUAACGUCUUUUAGCCCCGACACGGACACGGCACAGGUGCACCGCGUCGAAUGACGUACAGCGUUAAUUGGGAUUCGUUGUCAACCCGACACCGAAAUCAGGGAUUUGAACUGGAGCCACAUCAGCUGCCACAAAGUUCAAGACGGGAGAGCAGCCCGCCUCUCCUUCUCCUCCUCCUCCUCCCCCUCUCCACCUGUUUCACCCACCCCGUCUCUCUCCUUUAAUCACUCUCUCCACCCUCACCCCCGCUUUUGUCUUUACUACUCCUCCAUCCUUCCACAUCUUGCCACGCCACAACCACCACCCCAGCCCAAAAAUGGCAUCGGCGCAGGAAGAGGAGUUGAGCGUUUUGCAGGAGGAGCUCACUUGCCCAGUGUGCUUGGAUGUGUACCGUGACCCCCACCUGCUCCCCUGUGGCCACAAUUUUUGCUUGACCUGCCUCCGUCGCCUCAAGCGGCAGGCAGAGCGGGGCCGCUUCCGGUGCCCUGAGUGCCGCGACAGCCAUCGUAUCAGCACCAGUUUCCAGAAGAACUUUAAGCUUGCCAAUAUCGCCGAGGACUUCCGGCGCCGGGGCAGGGCCUUCACCGCCACUGCUUCGGCAUCAACAGAGCCGCACUUACUCCCUUUGGUGGCACAGCCACACAAGACCCUGUUGUCUGUCCCGUGUGACUACUGCCCUCCGGCAGGGGCUGAGGCAACGGGCAACAGGCCCGAUGGGGAAGAGGCCCCCGGUGCCUCAGGGGAACAGGGCACGACAGUGUCCACGCUGGCUAUCAAGACCUGUCUGAAAUGCGAGGUUUCGAUGUGCCAGGAUCAUGUGAGGCCGCACCUGGAGCUCCCGGCAUUCCGCGAGCACCCGCUGACAGAACCGCUGAACGACUUGAGGAAGAGGAAGUGCCCAGAUCAUGAUGAGAUGUACAGAUACUACUGUAUGGAUGAAAAGGUAUGCGUAUGCAAUGCCUGCACAAUUGAGGGAGGUCACUCAGGACACACAAUCAAGACCCUGAAAAACACUAUGAAAGAUUUUAAGGGUGUGCUGGAUAAGCAGCUCUACCGGCUGGAGAGGAUGUACAGCACAGCAGAGAAAAAGCUCCAUGAACAGAAAGAGAAGGAGAGACAGAACAGGAAGUUCCUGGAGGAUUCUGAGCAGUACGUAACCAGACUGGGAGAAGAGAUGAAGGUCAAAGUGGAUGUCUUUGUCUCUACGUUGCUGGACUGGACACGGAUCCACUGCGCAUCCAAUGGGCCGGCCAUCCAGAAGAACAUGUCCCGGCUCUGCCUGGACCAGGCCCGUCUGCACGAGGUCCGCGUUGGCAUUGAGGGCCUCAUGGUGGAGAACGACCCGUUCCGCUUCAUAGACGCAUAUAAGACAGCAGGAAAGCACUGCCGUAGACAGCUAAAGAAGAGUAUGUUUUACCCAGAAUACGUUGACAUGGAUAAAGAUGUUCUUGGAGCCACAAUGAAAGAGGAAAUGAUGAAAUUUCUCAAUGUGGAACUUCACUCUCCUAUUGUCCACACCAUCAAUUCCCUGUGUUACGAGGAGGAAGAGCACGAGGAGAACGAAGAGGAGGAGGAGGAGGAGGAGGAGGAUGACGACGAUGAUGAUGAUGACAGCAGCGAAGAGGAGGAAGAAAUGAGGAGUGAGGGAGAGGAAGAAGAGGGGGAACCUGACCAGAGUGAGUCAGCGGACGACAUCUAUACCCCAGAGGGCGAGGAGGAGGAUGAUGAGGAUGAGGAUGAUGGCGAGGAUGAGGAAGAUGAGGGCGUUUAGUUGUGUUGAGGAUAGCUUUGAUUUGUACUUCCUUAAGAACAUUUUGAAAUUAAAACCCAGCUUUGGAUCUUCCCCCAUGCGUUUUGAGAUCCUCCAGUGUGCAACAGGUUAUGAGCAAACUUUUGACAUGGGUGUUUUGACAUCUGUUAGGAUGAUCUCAACUUAGAAUUGCCCUUUCUAGCAAAAUCUUGAAAUGCCACUCCAAGUCAAGAACCGCAUUUGCCAAAUCCAAAUUUGAAAUCCUCCGAGCUGAGAUGACCAACUGGAUGUUAAAAAAAGGCUCUAAGUGCACUGUACUCAAAACUAGUUUUGCACAGAGCAUGUGCUAAUGUAAAAUUUUUCCUGAACCUCUUUUGCAUACUGCUUUAGAUGCAUUUAAUAUUAAAAGAUAUCUGCUGUAAUUCCUCAAGAAUAUGAAUGUAUUUGUGGGGGGGGGUGUGAAACGGGCAAUUUCUUUUCAGGGAAACUCAGAAAACCUCAAGAUGGAUGUGGCGAAGUCUUUGUUGAUACUGGUGGCAUUUGCCUGAUGCUUAAUUCCUGAAUCCUUGAACAAGCUUUUUGUCUCCCACUGCAAGAUUUUGAUUUGGUAGUACCAAAUGGAGACCAUGUCUACAAGCUAAUACUAAUGCAUUUUGAAGGACCAACAAUAGCUACAUUGACCUAAUUUGUAAUGUCUAAAAGAAAUUUAACUCAAGCACCUCUGUCAUAAGAGAUGUUGGCUAUUCUGCAUUAUGUCAUUACCUUGUUUACUCUGCUGAAAUAUUGAUCUUUUGGAAUUAUUUGACAUAAACAUUGUAGGCUUGGCAAUUAAAAAUUGAGUAAUUCCUGGGCGUUCCCCAGUUUUUCGUACCUAAAGAACCCUGUUUAUGAGUACUCUUAAAAACAUUGCCUUGCCUAAAUAAUUGGUGUAAAGUAGAUAUCUUCUAUAGUCUGACUCUGCAACAAGCACAUGUGAACUGGCCUGCUUGAUUUGGGUUCUUGAGUGAGGACGGUCUUAUUUUUUGUUCCUUUUAUUUAAACCAAAGUUUGAUAUUGAAAACCAAAGACUCGGGUUUGUAUGCAUGCAUGGGUACUAGUAAAAUGUUAUUUGCUUGAAAUGGUUUAUGAAAAAAAAACACUGCACUGUAUUCUGUAUGUUAAUGAUUUACAUACUGUAGGCUACAAUAUGACUUUUCACUUUAAUGGUUGUGCUUAAAGUACACUGAAUUGUUUAAAAUGUCCUAAAUGUAUUUCUAUGCACUUACCAGAAUAUUAUCCUAUAAAUAUCAGAUUCAGUUGUGGUGGAAAUGUUGCACUUUAUUACGGAAAUAUGAUAUAUCUGGCUUAAAGCAUUUGAAUGUUACAGUUGUAUUUUGACAUGGGUGAUUAAGAGAGCCAAACUGAAAAUAAGGCCAACCCUUUAA